AUGGUUUUGAAACUAUUUUUGACCCUCCUUCUUCUGUUCCACACUUCCAAUGCCUUCGUGGUCCAAGAAAACCACCCUCCUCCUUCUUUCCCAAGGCCCCACUACACUGGAAAAGCCCUCGUCGCCCAUAUAAACAGCAUGCAAACUUCUUGGAUAGCCGAACACAAUGAUAUUUCUGAGGACGAGAUGAAAUUCAAAGUAAUGGAUCAACGAUUUGCGGAUCCUUUGGAAGAAGAGGUUCAAGAUGAGGGUUUGGUCCGUGGAGAAGUGGUCCCAGAACCCUUACCAGACACUUUUGAUGCCAGGGACCAAUGGCCAGACUGCAAAUCAUUAAAAUUCAUUCGAAACCAAGCCUCGUGUGGAUCCUGCUGGGCAUUUGGAGCAGCUGAAGUGAUAUCUGACCGUGUUUGUAUUCAAUCGAAUGGAACUCAACAGCCCAUAAUCUCAGCAGAAGAUAUUUUGUCCUGUUGUGGGUCUACCUGUGGUAAAGGAUGUCAAGGAGGUUAUACAAUUGAGGCAAUGAAGUACUGGAUGAAUUCUGGAGUGGUUACUGGAGGAGACUAUAAUGGGGCUGGGUGUAUGCCAUAUUCAUUCCCACCUUGCAAAAAAUCUCCUUGCGUUGAAUUCUCGACACCCAGUUGUAAAACUACUUGUCAGGAGAAAUACACCACUGCGGAUUAUAAGAACGAUAAGCAUUUUGCCACCUCCGCCUACAAACUCUCCACCACCAAGAACGCCGUUCCAACGAUUCAAUACGAAAUCUACCAUAACGGUCCUGUAGAGGCAUCCUACAGAGUAUUCGAAGAUUUUUAUCAAUACAAAUCAGGAGUUUAUCAUCAUGUAUCCGGGAAUUUAGUCGGAGGACAUGCUGUGAAAAUUAUUGGAUGGGGAACUGAAAAUGGGGUCGAUUAUUGGCUGGUUGCCAAUUCAUGGGGUACCAGUUUCGGGGAAAAAGGAUUCUUCAAAAUUCGAAGAGGAACUAAUGAAUGUCAAAUUGAAUCGAAUAUAGUGGCUGGACUUGCUAAAUUGGGAACUCACAACGAAAAAACGGACGAUGACGAUGGUUCGGCGACAUCUUGCAGUUUUAUCAUGUGUACACUUCUUGUUUUAUCAUAUUAUUUGUUCUAA